AUGGAAACUAAAGAUGGUUACUCCCAUGUUUUUGAUGAAAAAAUCUCUCAGUUAGAUAACUUAGUUGUGCCAAUUGUUGAUGAGCACUUAAAACCAAAAAUAGGAAUGACUUUCGACAAUUUAGAAGAAGCUGAAAAAUUCUACAAAAAUUACGGAAAGGUCGGAGGUUUUGAUAUCCGUAAUAGCACAACAAAUUAUGGGAAGGAUAGAGAGUUAAUUUCCAAAAGUUAUGUUUGUUCGAAAGAAGGAGUGUUAAAGAGCAAAUCGAUGGAAAUUCGACGAUGUGGUACAAUUAGAACAAAUUGUAAGGCCGGAGGUUUUGAUAUCCGUAAUAGCACAACAAAUUAUGGGAAGGAUAGAGAAUUAAUUGGCAAAAGUUUUGUUUGUUCGAAAGAAGGAGUGUUAAAGAGCAAAUCGUUGGAAAUUCGACGAUGUGGUACAAUUAGAACAAAUUGUAAGGCCUUGAUUCGCUUCAAAUUAGACAAAAACAUUGGCAUAUGGAGUGUCUACAAGUUCGUGGAAGAACAUAAUCAUACAAUUACUUCACCGAGUAGAACACAUUUUCUAAGGGGAAACCGUGAGGUAACAAGUGCAAAGAAGACAUUAAUUAAGCAGUUUGGAGAGGUGAACAUUCCAACAAACAAGCAAAUGGCCUUCUUUGAAAACUCUAGCGGAGGUUUUCAUAGAAUUGGAUGCAUUGAGACCGAUGUGAGAAAUUAUGAAAGAGAUUUGAGAGAGGAGAGGCGCGGUCAUGAUGCACAAAUGAUGUUGGAUCAUUUCAAGUCGGAACAAGAGAAGAAUCCUUUAUUUUAUUAUGUUUAUGAAGUUGAUGAAGAGAAGCGCUUAACUCAUUGUUUUUGGGUGGAUGGCAUUGCUCGAAUGAAUUAUCAACACUUUGGCGAUGUUGUCUCCUUCGAUGCCACGCAUAACACAAAUCAAUAUGGCUUGGUAUUUGUGCCGUUUGUAGGCAUAAAUCACCAUUGGCAAAGUGUUUUUUUAGGAUGUGGCUUGAUCCCAAACGAAGAGGCGAAGUCUUUUGUAUGGUUGUUUAACAAAUGGAUUGAAGCAAUGGGUCAUCCUCCUUCGGGUAUGAUUACAGAUCAAUGUCUUGGCAUAUGUAAGGCAAUUGAAACAGUUUUUCCAGAAAUUCGGCAUAGGUUUUGCAUUUGGCAUAUCUUGGACAAAGUUCCGGAGAAGUUGGGUCAAUGGGCUUAUAGAACGGAAUUUAUGAAAUCUUUCAAAGAAAAUAUUUGGGACUCCGACGAUGCUAGCUCUUUUGAAGAGAAAUGGGAUUCUUAA